AUGAAAUUCUUCCUUUCGCGGCGGUGGAAGCCGAACAAAUGGCCGUUCUAUGCCCUAAUACUCAUUGAAAUCCCAUUGACCAUCGCUCUCCUGGCAUUAUUCGGCAUUGCCUCUCCAGACACUUACCGAACAAGGCUCUGGCAAGACGGUGCAGACAAUGGCUUCAAUUCGAGCCCAUUGACUGGGCUAUAUGCAGCAGCCAACUAUCGAUCCUAUUCCACGCCCAAGGUCUGGUCGCAAUUCAUAACAGAUUAUAAUGUUGCGAUCACGGUCCUUUCCAUGUUCAUCAUGCUCGUCAAGUCGAUCAUGUAUAUGCUUCAUGUGUUCCCACCGGUUCUAUCCGUCCUUAUUCACACCGGCCUUCUCGUCUUAUACGCCGUAUCGGUAAACUACCAAGCGAGCAGUGAUACCACUGACCCGGACCACCCUCAACACGGUGCACCCUGGUACAUCACCAAAUCCUGUAACGUGGCCCAUAAUAAGAACAAUGUCGGGUACUGUACACAGGCGAAAGCUGCCUUUGCAUGCUCUUGCGCAAUGCUAGGCAUUUUCGUCACCUAUUUCGGAUUUGCCGUUUAUUCGUGUUUUCCCAGCAAGCAACAGCGCGAGGAAUAUUCCGAGAAUGCCCGGCUCAAGGCUGAACGAUGGGCGAAAUUUGAAACCUACCAGGACGAUGAGACCGGUCAGACUGUACAAACACACCCUAUGCCUGAAACCCCAGGCUUCAUGAAUGGUCGAAUGAACCCUAUGACUCCGCGAACACUUGCAUUCAACACUCUAGGUGGAACGAAAGACCUCCCCUUACGGAAUCAUUUCAGCUCGCCAAAUGCGCCCCGCGCUACAUCUCCAUCCUUUGCGAUUCGGAGCCCUGACUUACCGAGAAGCCCAAUGAGCCCGGGAUUCGUUCAACGAGUAGGCACGGACUCGGAGAGGGCGAACGGCAAGUCUCCUGAAAUCGGCUUUAGUCCUCAGGAGCCAGCUGCACCGCAACUAUAUUUCCCUCCUCCACCAAAGACGUCGAAGAAGUGA